AUGUGCAGACUGGAGCUGGGCGGUGAGGCUGAGAACAUAAGGGAAUAUUAAUGGAAAUUUGAAGUGAAUAGAUUGUGAUACAAUUUUUAGGAAAGUUUACAGGGAAGAGUAGAUUUUUUUAUUAUACCUUUAUUUAUAUUGUACUGUAUUUGGAGCAUUUCAUCAAUUCAUCAUGGGAUUUUUAAAAGACUUUUUUCUUGGCUUUUGGGACUAUGAAACCCCAAAGAUUAUGGUGGUUAAAAACACAACUCUUGGAGUCAUUUACAGAGGAGUUCAGUUUAUUGUCAUCACCUACUUUGUCUGGUAUGUGUUCAUUAGUCAGAAAGCGUAUCAAGAAUGUGAAACACGUCCUGAGAGCUCUGUUUACACUCGCAUGAAAGGCUCAGCAAUUCGUGGCGAUCAAAUCCUGGACACUGUGGAAUAUGUUCGACCCUCAGAGGGUGGAGAUGUCAUCAGUACAAUACUGAGACGAGAAGUCACGUAUGACCAGAAGCCAGGAACCUGUGCUGAGUAUUUUGGUGUUGCGAAGGCCAACUGCUCGAGAGACUCACAAUGUGUCCAAGGAGAGGUUGACUUCGAAGGCCAUGGACGGCGGACUGGAAGAUGUAUUCGAUACUACAAUCGCACCUUCAAAACCUGUGAGAUCCAAACCUGGUGCCCUAUUGAGGAGUACGCUGUGCAACGAGAACCAGCUUUGGUGGAGGCCAUCAAUUUCACAGUAUUCAUCAGAAACUCCAUACUUUUCCCAAAGUUUGGGGUGCUGAGGGGUAAUAUCAAGGGUGCUUCUAACAAGCGCAAAAGGCAUAAAUACCUCAAUAAAUGUCACUAUGAUGAGGAGAAGGAACCCUACUGUCCAAACUUUCAACUCGGAUACAUUGCCCAUCAAGCCCGGGAGAACUUCAGUGAGCUCUGCAGGACGGGAGGGGUAAUUGGUGUUUUCAUCAAUUGGGACUGUGACCUGGACCUGGAUCCAUCCCGCUGCAAACCCAAAUAUUCCUUCAGGCGUCUUGAUCUCAGAAAGGAUCAGGCCAACUCUGGGUACAGUUGCAGGUUUGCCAAGUAUUAUCGCAAGAACGGGAUGGAGUCUCGGACACUUAUCAAAGCCUAUGGCAUCCGGUUGGACAUCAUUGUUCACGGACAAGCCGGCAAAUUCAGCCCAAUCCCAACCAUCAUCAGCACAGUGACAGCCUUGACUUCAGUGGGAAUUUGUACCAUUUUUUGUGACUGGAUCAUGCUGACAUUCAUUGACAAGGAUGAAGCCUACCGAAAGAGAAAGUUUGAUGAAGUUGUUAGUGAACCGCCAGUGUCCGUUCCUCCUCAACUCCUUUACAUCACCAGCUACAGCUCAAACCAUUCUGACUUGUCAGACGGUGUGCCGCUGUGAUGCGCUCACGGUUGCGCUCUCCAUCACCAUAUUUGUGGCAGAAACAGCCACACUGUACUAUAUGUUCGCUUAGGGCUUCGCAGCAGCAUGUUGCCUGUACUGAUAGCUGCAGGUUCAGUUGUUUUCCUAAAUGUUGUUGAUAUAGACUCGGAGCCUUUUCAUUCAUUUAAUUCACUUGUUUAACUGGAUAUUUCUAGCUUGAUGAAGAUAGGUGCGGUGAGAGUAUAUUCAUAAUGACAGGAAAAUGUCCUCUAUGAACUCACAGAAAUAAAGAAAAGGAAAACAGGCUUUUAAAAAAAUAAAACUCUCUCAACUGCCUGGCCUCAUUUUGAUGUGUUGAACAUAAUGAGAGGAUGCAGAAGGAACCACAGAAGGAGAUGUGCAAGACGAACAAUGAGCAAUAAUUCAAUAAGACAGUCACUUCCCAUAAAAUGCUCCUGUAACAAGAUUCUGGGGUUGUCUAAUCUCAUCUGUAGGCCUAGAACAAUAGAACAGGCAGUGGUGGAGAGUGAAGAGUUAUGGGUCAUGAGGCACCAAGGAUCAUUUCAGUUUGGACA